UUAAUUGUGUGUACGGUAUGUGUGAAUGUGUGACAAAUGUAUUGUUUGAAUGAAAGCAUGAUUUGGGACAACAAGUGAUCCGAUAAUUGAAGACAUUUAGUAAUAUCUGAAGAUAUUUUUGAGACAAUAUGAUGUCAACGAUGGACAUAAUAACCACAGAAACCAAAACGUUGGCCAAAAGCAAGUCUAUUAUGAUAUAUACGGCUUCAGGAUUUCGUACAGACAUCGAGACAUUGUAUGCAAAGUUUGAUGACAUGAAGUCAACCAAAUUUGUCGUUUUCAUCCAUUGUUUCAAAGAAAUGAAUUUUGGACUUAUCUUUCGCGGUCGACACAACGACAAUGAGAUGCAUGAGUUCAUCGAUGAGAUCUAUCUGGAAGUGUUGUCCCAAUUGGUAAAUAAAGACAAACUUAUGUCUCAUCGCAUUUGUUCCGUAUAUCUAUUGUACGCAUUGUAUGUCAAACAACCAUUUACUCAAUCAUUGAAAAUUCGUUUCGACAUUAAAGUGAGGAUAACAUUGGAUCAGUUGAAGAUUAUCCGCGAGUUCAUAGAUAAAUGCAAACAUAAAGGUUAUCUCGAUGUUUGUUAUAUUUGGUAUAAAUUGUUAUCAAUUGGUGUUAAUUUUGUUUACUAUCGCUACCAAAGUAUUGGACCAUCAAAUACACGAUCAGUUCAUUAUUAUCUCUUCAAUAAUAGCCAUUCUUUGACUGAUAAAACACUCAAUGAUUUCAAAGAAUCACUGAUUCCUCGCAUUGAAACUCUUGAAACAACUCAUGAAAUGUUUAUUGAUUACAAAGAAAAAGUGUUUAACGGAAAAGAUUUUGGUGUUGAAGAAAAACCAAAUGUUAUUAAUCAUGAGUUAUGGAAAGAUUCAAUCAAUAACUUCACUAAAUUGACCAAUGAUUUCAAAUAUAAUCGCGAUAUUCGUGGCAGAGGUCGACCAUCAAUUUGGAUGCCAUAUCGCAAAGUAAACGAUAAAGAGAUUGAAGACAAUAAUAAUAACAUUGAUUACAAAGUCAGUGUCCAUAAGAAAGCCAUCAAAUCUAAGGUUAAGUUGGAAACCGACACAUCCUCUCAUAUCUUGUGGACCGACGAUAUCAUUGGCAAUCUUAAGAAAGGAAAGGAAAUGAAGGCUCGUUUGAAACGAGAAAAGAAAAAUAAAGACUUAAAACAAUUAAAAGGAGAUAAAGACGAAGUGAUUAUCAAAAAAGAAAUCAAUGAAAUCAAACCAAAGAGAGGACGAAAACCUAAAACCAAAAAUUAA